AAAACAUUGAUAUAUUAUGUAUAUAUAAUUUAUAAAUAUAUUAUUUGCCAUUUGGUCGAUUGUAAUUUUCACCCACACUCCAAUAAAUUUAGACCCAAAAUAAGUGUUCGUAAUACUACGAGUAUAUUUAGCUUUGUCUAAUAGCAUUAUCGCAAUAACAACGUAUAGUGAUCGAAAAUUUACCUACGAGCUUCGCUACAAUAUUAUUAAAGCCAUAACCUCAAUAAAAUGUAAAAAUACUCAAUUUACUAUCGAGUAAACAAACACAAAUUAAUAUUAAAAAUAAUUAUCAUCAUAUUAAUUUUAUGGCCGUUCCAAUUAGAACCUUACAAGAGUUUUAACUCGUCGCCACACACUGCAGCGGUGACGGUAAAAUUCUUUUAUCUUACGGUGCCGCCGUGGUGGCGGUAAAAUUGUGUCCGGCUUCAUUUUGCUGUAUUUAGCCGUAACCGCAGUCCGCCACCGCUACCGCUGCAGUGUGUGGCAACCUAAGUAAAUAGAAUCCAUUGGUUUUCAAUUUCUAUUUUGGGUAAUAUUGUAUAUAUUAUAGUGAAGAGUGAUAUUAUGCACUAAUUGCAGUAUUUGGACUUUGCACAGCGACCUUAUGAGUGCUCGUCGGCCCGCGGCCGUUGCGAACAACAAUAUUUGGACUGGCGGUGGUUCUUAUUGGUGGGAGAUGCGUAUUGCCGAACGUUGUCACGAAAGCGGGAUGAUUAUAUAAUAUUAGAAUUAUCUUUUGAAAUAGUUCACUGCACUAUUGCAGUUGUUUUAUUUUGUAUAUUAUUAUUGGUUAUCUGGUAUCCGCGAUUAUUAAUAGAUAUUUGUGUAAUAUAAUGUUUGAAACGAAAAUAGCUAGCGAGUCGUGCUCGUGUGAUGGUUGACGGUGACUAGCGGGGUACGAUAAUAUCAAAUAGAUUAUAAAUUUAUAAUUAUUAUAUCAGUGAUCGAAUUCUCAAGUAUUUAUUCCGUUGGCCGUUGGCUGUUAAUCGUUAUCGGUGCAUUGUAAGCAUAGAGUAAUUACUCUAUGAUUGUAAGCGUGACAUCGACACAUCGUAUUUUAUGUUCGUUUUGCUCGUCUCGUCCAGUUGUCCCUCGUGUAGUCGUGUACUGUGACACUGUGUAGACAUUUACGUCGUGAAUAAUAACGUAUACGUAUUUAAUAAUAACUAUUUAUAACUAUUUUAUACAUAAUAUUUGUUGUUUAAAAUCACUCGAUUCGUUCUUCAUUAUACGUGCAUUGUCAGUUGUCACAUCGUCAUAUUGAAUGUUCCGGUGUUCAUGUGCUCGUCUCGUCCAGUCGUCCCUCGUGUAGACAUUAACGUCGUGAACAAUAACGACUUAUCCCGUUAAUCGUUAUCCGACAUCCGUGCAUCGUAACAUCGACACAUAAAUACACAUUGUAUGUUUGCAGUGUGCUCGUCUCGUCAGUCGUCUCUCGUGUAGACAUUAACGUCGUGAACAAUAACGAUUUAUCCCGUUAAUCGUUAUCCGACAUCCGUGCAUCGUAACAUCGACACAUUGUAUGAUUGCAGUGUGCUCGUCUCGUCUUGUCCAGUCGUCCCUCGUGUAGACAUUUACGUCUUGAACAAUAACAUGGACCAACAAAUAAGUGGCUGGAUUAUAGUUAUAUUCAACAAUGACAAUAGUGUAGAAGCAGUACCAGAUAUAUGGUUAAAAAAAAAUAAUUGUGCAUGGCCAGCCAAAUCCAAGCAAAUAAAAAAAUAUAUUGAAAGACGUGUGAAACCUAAUAAUAAUGAUUUCACUUUUUUCAAUGCUAGAAAAUUGGGAAACAAAGUAUACAGUUCUUUGGCUGAAGCUAGAUCUAAGUUACCCAAAGCCAUGCAUAAAUCGGAUAUAUCUAGUACUGAGGAUGAUGAAUAUUAUAGAAGAUUAACGAAGAAACGUCAUUAUAGUGAAUCUCCCAAUAAAGAAAAUUUAAAAAAAACUAAAAGCAGCAAUUUAAAAUCAAAUGUUUUAAUAAAUAAUAGUUGUCCUCCUCGUUAUAUACCUGAAGAUUCCAAAAGCAAAAAGAUUUCUAAAAAGCUUGUGAUCAAUGACUCAGAUUCAAACCACGAUGAUUCAGCCUCUGACAUUGACUUGACAUGGUUCACAGAUAAAAAUAAAACUGACUUUCAACAUAUAGGUGAUAAUGAUAGUAUUACUCAAAUUACACCAUUGAAAUCAUUGAAAAAAUCAGACCGGAUUUUAAAUUCACCUAGUGGGUUAUGGACUGUAACACCAGAUGACACAGGAAAACAAAUUAUAAACGAAUCAAUAUCAUCAAUCAAUAGUGCUGUUAAAAGACGAUUAAUUUUUAAAGAAAACAAUGCAGAAAAUUCAGAAGGUCAUGGUAACCAGUUAACAAUUGAAAAUAUAGCAAAAUCUCUAAAAGAUUUUCAAAGAGUAUUUUUAACAUCUCAUGCCUUUAUAAAACAUGAAAUACAAUGUUUAACGUUCCUAUGCCAUACUACGAAUGAUAGUAUAGAAAAACUCUUGAAAGAAAAAAUGACAGUUAUUCAUACAGACGAUGAUCUUGUAAAUAUGGAUAUAUUAUUUCCAAUAAAAGAUGAAGAUGAAUUGCAAGCAUUUGAAGAAAAAUCAAAAGAUUCAGAUUUUAGAACUUCUUUGGUGGGUAAAAUUGCAUUACUAGUUGGUAAUAAAGACCUUGGUAAUAGUAUUAGGAGAAUUAUGGCGCGCAUGUUUGAUGACCAAUUCCUAUCAAACUAUUCACUAUAUGGCUUCAAAAAGAAAAAAUCUUUUACAAGUUAAUCAUGUUAUCGUAUAAUUAUAGAUGCAUUGAGAAAACAUCUAAAAUACAAGUUUAAUACAGAAAAGGAGAUUGAUAUUCCUUUGGGAACAUGGCUUGCUCACGCCCCAUUUCGAAUAAAAACAAAAAAACAAUCCGAGGAAGAGGAACAUAAUAACAUUACUUUUUAAGAAUAUGAUUUAAUUUUUAAUAUUUAUAAUUUCAUUAUAUUACAACAUAUUAUUUUAAAGUAUAAUUUCCAAUAGCAAGGAUGCUAUCAAAAUAAAAGAAACUUUUAUAAAAAUUUUAAUUUCAUACUAUAUUAUAUAUGUUAAUAAUGCAAAUUUAUAUACUGCAAUAUAUAAAAUAAAGGAAGAAUUUUGAUUUUAAUAUGUACAAAAUAC